AUGACUUUCCCUUUCCUUCUGUCUGUUCCGUUUCCAUGUCUGCUGUCAUGGCCUUCCUUCGCUGUUUCUGCUGCUCAGGCCAGAAGAGACCAGGGAGGGGAUCAGGGUAAACGUCCAUCAGCUGUUGUGCUGGUCCAUGGAAAGAAACGACAUGCAAUCGUGCUUUUCAAUAUCGCAUGCAACACACGCUGCAGACUGCAGUGCCAGUUGACCGCAAUACUAUCCCUCAUUCUCUCUCUCAAGUAUUCAGCCUUCUUUUCGUCCCAUCUUGUGCCGUCGUUGGCUCGCUUGGCGGACGCUGCACAGUUGUCGUUGACUGCGUGGUUGCACUGCAGCAUGCACCCGCCUUCUAGUCAGGGGCAAUUCUGGCUGGCUGUGUGUGAUCCCGAGAGCAACCAAGUCCGUACUGCAACACCUUCAAAUUCCCUUUCACCCACUACUGUACUUGUGCACCUCUUGGCUAAACCGGGUCCGACUAUGAAAGACCAUCAUUUCGCUUUUCUUCGUGUCGCCUUCGACUCUCAUCUCAUCUAUUUUUUGCUCACUUCAUAUCGCCCGUGCGAUCCGUUCUGUGUCUCGCACUGCUCUCCCGGAUCGCAGGUGCAGUCACUCACUUCCAACCGGAAGACACACCCCUCUGGGGGAUAAUUGAAUGGUACCCUGAUUACUGUGCAGGCAGGCUCGUGUGCACUGCUGCUGUUUAAUAUGACCUCGUCCAGACACGGGUGAAGGAG